CCUCUCCUACAGAUGAGGAAGCUGAGGUUUCUUGAGGGAAGGUGAAAGACAAUCACGGAACCUGGUGAUCGUGUGUCAGGAACCAGGUUGGUCUGUCCUGGGGCCCAUGCCUUGAGGCUGCCAGCAUGCCUUGGGACGCAAGGCCUGGGGGCGGUGCAGACGGUGGCCCUGAGGGUGCCGGCGCAGCCCGCUCUCGGGCACAGAAACAAUGCCGGAAGUCGUCUUUUGCCUUCUACCAGGCGGUGCGCGACCUGCUUCCCGUGUGGCUCCUGGAGGACAUGCGCGCCAGCGAGGCCUUCCACUGGGAUGAGCGCGGGCGCGCCGCGGCCUACUCACCCUCGGAGGCGCUGCUCUACGCGCUGGUGCACGACCACCAGGCCUACGCACACUACCUGCUGGCCACUUUCCCGCGGCGCGCACUUGCGCCACCCAGCGCGGGCUUCCGCUGCUGUGCGGCGCCUGGGCCUCACGUGCCGCUGGCUGUGCGCUACAACCGCGUGGGCAUCCUGCGGCGCAUCCUGCGCACUGUGCGCGACUUCCCAGCUGAGGAGCGCGCGCGCCUGCUGGACCGGCGUGGCUGUAGCCGCGUGGAGGGUGGUGGCACUUCGCUGCACGUGGCCUGUGAGCUGGCGCGCCCCGAGUGCCUCUUCCUGCUUCUGGGCCACGGCGCCUCGCCUGGCCUCCGUGAUGGUGGUGGCCUCACACCACUGGAGCUGCUGCUGCGCCAGUUGGGCCGUGAUGCAGGCUCUGUCCCUGCCGCUGGGGCUGCCUCUUCCGCCACUGCCGCCAACACUGUGUCUGGGGAGCCACGCCAGCGCCGCCUGCUACUGCUUGACCUACUGGCGCUGUACACCCCUGUGGGUGCCGCAGGCCCAGCCCGCCGGGAGCUGCUGGAUGACCGGCCGCGCUGGCAGCGGCUUCUGGCACUGCUAGUCAGCGGAAGAGUCUUCGCUGUAGCUCCAGAACUCUGGCCCUCACUGUUCCAGUCCAAUCCCCUGGGGACUUAACUAAAACAGGGUGACCUCCAGAUGGCCACAUCCAGGGGCCCUGCCCAGCCAUGUCACAGGCAGGAGCACCGCAUGGCCACCCAUGCCCCAGCCUCACAACCGGCUUCCCACUUUCCUCCUACCAUCCGCCAUGCACUCUGCCUUGGCUUCCUUUCCUGGGCCCAGGCCCAAAGCCCUGUGGCCCUUCAGGGUUCUCUGCGGGCCUCUGCUCUUCCUGGACCAGUGUGCCUGCUGGCACAGAGAUCUGACCACACCUACCUUUCUGGACCUUCAGCCUAACUCUCAUGAAUGUUGGUCCAUCGGUGGACAACCCUGCCUAGAGGUCUGCAGGUGCCUGAUCCAACCUGCUGACGCUCGGCUCACUGCUCUCCUGGAGCCCUCGUGCGUCCCUUCUCAGUUGGCUGGCGUUGGCCCUGUCCCUGCAAUUUUGCAAGUGUUUCUUCAGCUCUAUGGCUCCUGCCUUUCCAUGUCCAGCAGAUGUCUUCUCCAACGGCCACACAGGGGGUCCCCAGGAAACCCGUCACAGGCUCGAAGCUCCUUCCUUCCUUACAAACGGUGGGACCAGGCCAUUCAACCUGGCUUUGAGUUUCCAGUGUCCCUGAAUGGGUAUCAAGAUGACAGUGCCAAGCCUCCUAUUGGGUGCCCCGCCUGUUCCUGGGCCAGGGUAUCUUCCAGGCCAAGACUGUGUCUCAUGCUCCUUCUGCUUGGAACACACUCUGGCCUGCCGUCCUACCAAUACAGCCCUUGGAAG